CGCUAGUUAAUUCUAGUAUAAGUUUUCUUGGAGGAGGAGGAGGAGGAGGUAAAUAGUGUGUAUUAAUGGACAUCCUUCACUUACGCAUCUAUUGCAGGUACUGCAUAUUCUCCACUGCUGGUUAACAUGGCUCCUUCGGUUCCAGCCUCUGCUUUCACCAUGAAACUCUGAGGAAUCCCCUCACUAAUCCUGACUUGUUUUUGUACUAACUUUAACGAUGCAUAGUCUAAGUAUGGCUGGAACUUCAUGGCUUCGAUCUUGUCGUCCUCUGGUGAAAAAAAACGAAAUCUGGUAUGAAAACCCAAUAAAAACAGUGGGUUACGUGUUCAUUUAAUUCAAGUUAAAUCCACAAAAUGAAACUGGAGCCAAACUAGGGCAGAUUGGGAAAAAAAUAGUAAUGGCAAGCCCAAAUCUUGGCCAGCAGCCGGGUAUUUCGGUGUCAACAGAAACUGCCUCUGAUACAUCAAGACAGAAACUGCUGCUGAUAUACUGCCACACUUCAAAGUCAACUUAAUUAGUUGUUACAAAGAUUAAAGGCAGUGGCUUUGCUGCCAUAUUGUUUUAUUUUAAAUCUGCAGUCCCCUUCCACACCAGCUGGGGGCGAUAAUGAGCGUUGUUCGAUUUUUGUUUUACGAGAAGAAGAAGAAAAUGAAUCUGUAACCCGGAAGUUAAACUUCACAACAAAAAAAUUGCCGGGAAAUCUGCUCCGUGAAACCAUCUCAGUCAGCCAAUGGACUUUUUAUUAUAUUUGAGUAAAUAGUGCGUUUGUCUUGAGACUUGUGUAGAACCACAGUGUGUCUCAACGUGGGCUUAACAUGGACGAAUAUGACGAACUGUUCGAGAUCCAGGAUGAGUUCGAGGACCAGUUCGCAGACGAGCUGGAGGUUCUGGCUCAGAUGGAGGACGAAGCUCCCAAGGCGGACGGACAUCAGACUCGGGCUAAAGGAGACGACGUUUCAGACAUAGAGCACCUGCUGGAUGAGAAGCGCACCACUCCACAGGCAAAACGGCAGAAGCAGGAACAGGGUGUGGUCAAGCGGCUUUUCAGCAAAUCACCAACUCAAGAGAACAAAGUCCCAUCGCAGAAUGCUGACGUCACACCCCCAUCCUCUCCAGAGCAGUAUGAACCAUCUCGCACCUUCAGGUCUACUCCUGCUGUGUUGGACAUCAGUGGCUUUGAUACAAUCCCAGAGACGCCCUGGCGACCUCCUACAGCGGUGCCAGCAUCUCUGUGUGUGCUGAAGCGACCUCCGUUAGAUGGAGAGUACAUCAGUGUGACGGACUCGUCAGGGAGUCGGGUCUACCUCAGACAGAAAGAAGAAUUAGGGACAAAGGUAGUGGAUACCAGAGUGGCACCAAACUCCCAGGGUGCACUGGGGCUGCUGGCGGUGCCAAUAAGGGUGCUGAGAGAGGAAGAAAAUGAGAGGCGCCAUCAGCAGGUUGUGUUGGAAUCGCAGCGCCUCACAGAGCUGCUUGCCAGCCGUGUGAACGAUGGGCUUGUUGAGUCUGAGAGCCGAGGAGAUGAAGAUCAUGAAGAUCCUGAAGAUCCUGAUGACACAGAAGGUCGAAGGUCGCGUCUCUGGGUCGACAGAUUUUCUCCCCGACACUACACAGAGCUACUCAGUGAUGAUUUUACCAACCGCUGUCUGCUCAAGUGGCUGAAGCUUUGGGACACUGUUGUGUUUGGAAGAGAGAGGAAGUCCCGCCCUGUCCGCCCUGAAAGACAGCCUGCCCAACAACAAUACUCGUUCAAACCCAACCAAGGCAACCAGAAUCCAAUUCGCUUCAAGACCAAGAUAGAGAUGACUGAGGAGAUACUGGAGGCGGAACUGGAUCAGUACAAACGACCCAAAUACAAGGUAACAUUGUUGUCUGGGCCUCCAGGUUUGGGGAAGACCACCCUGGCUCAUGUUAUCGCCAAACACGCUGGAUACAAUGUGGUGGAAAUCAAUGCCAGUGAUGACCGCAGUGCAGAGGUUUUCCAGAAACGCAUCGACACAGCGACGCAGAUGAAGUCCGUGCUGGGAGGCAACGAGAGACCAAACUGUCUCAUUAUUGAUGAGAUUGAUGGAGCGCCGGCGGCUGCCAUCAGCAUUCUGUUAGCAACUCUGAACAGGAAAGACGGCCAUGGUGGCGAGAGCGGAACAGAGACUGCGAAGAAGAAAAAGAAGAAGGAGUCCAUCCUGCUUCGACCAAUCAUCUGCAUCUGUAACGACCUUUAUGUUCCAGCGCUCCGGCCUCUCAGGCUGCAGGCCUUCCUCCUGGCUUUCCCUCAGACUCAGCCUUCCCGCCUCGCACAGAGACUGGCUGAGAUUUCUCUCCAUCAGGGGAUGAAGACGGACACUGGCACUCUGAUGUCCCUGUGUGAGAAGACAGACAACGACAUCAGGUCUUGCAUCAACACACUGCAGUUCCUGCACGGCCGUGGCCACAAGCAGCUCAACACCAAGACGAUCCAGUGCGUCUCUGUGGGACAGAAGGAUCAGAACAAAGGCUUGUUCCAUCUGUGGCAGGAGAUCUUCCAGUUACCACGAACAAAACGGAAACGCAUUGGGGAAGGGUUUGACGGGACACCAGGCCCAGGAGUGGGAGCUCAGAGGUUUCAGCACAUUCUACACUUGUCUUCAUCCAGUGGAGAGUAUGAGAAGGUUUCUCAGGGUCUGUAUGAUAAUUAUCUGUCCAUGCGCGUGAGGGACCCCAACAUGGACGGUGUGUGCGAGGCUCUGGAUUGGCUCUCGUUCUCAGACCGGUUAAACCAACAGAUUCUGCACAACCAGAACUUCUCCCUGAUGAGAUACCUGCCCUUCCUGUCCGUCACGUUCCACUUCCUGUUCGCCAACACGCACGUGCCCCGCAUCAGUUAUCCCCACAGCCAGUACGAGGCCACCACCCGUCUCCUCGCCAGUAGGAACGCCUUGUCCUCCAUGUUGGCUGAUAUCCCACCAUCCAUCAGAACCAGGAUCAGCCACCUCAGUCUGUCUCUUGACAUUCUCACGCUGCUCCUCAACAUCAUCAGUCCAAAACUACGGCCUGUGAAUCCUCAGCUGUUCAGCAGCAGAGAGAAGGAGCAGAUGCGGGAGCUGAUCAACACCAUGUUGGCCUACAACCUCUCCUACAGGCAGGACCGUACGCCUGAGGGCCAGUACACAUACGUGCUGGAGCCGCGUGUUGAGGAGGUUGUGAGGUUUCCGGGCCUGCCACCACAUCGCCAGCUGACUUAUCAGGCCAAACAAACCAUCAGCCGGGAGAUGGAUCAAGAACGGAUGAGGAGAGCUGAGCAACUGAUGCUACAGCGAAACCCUGCAGCGCUGCAGAAAAAGGAAGAAAAAAAGAGCGCUGGUCAAACAUCAACCAGUAACCAUCAGCAGAGGCUGGAGACCAUUGUCAAACAGACCACAGUGGAGAUCAGGCCGGAGGUGGAUUUCUUCGGUCGCACCGUCGCCCCCAAACCUCAGAGAACCCAGCUGUCCUCAGACACAGUUCUAGGGGAGAAAUGUCCGGUUCUUGCGAUGGGAGCCGCGGUGGGAAACAGUGACGUGUGGUUCCGGUUCAACGAGGGCAUGUCCAACGCUGUCAGGCGAAAUGUUUACAUCAGAGAACUACUGUAACACACUGGCAUUACACACACGCACACACACACUCUCUUUAUUUGACCUUUGUUGUAUGUACCUUUUUGAAUGAUUCCAAAAUCCAUCUGUUAAAUUCAAAACAGUCUUUAUUUUUGAUUGACAGUGUAAAGAGCCAAUAAAAACGUGGUGUUGAACAUUUCUCAGCAGUCCGUCAAAACAAAACUCCAUAGAGCUACUCAGUGCUGUACACACACACGCACAUGCACGCACGCACACACACACAGUAUUCUAAACAUAAAUUAACAGCAUUCAGGAGUCUCCAAAUAAAUAAAUAAGAUAAUAGCAAUA